AUGUCUACCGCCAACGAUAAUCCCUCCCCGCCGCUCACGGCCGAUGGGGUGAGCAAGCGCAAACAAGGCUCGGCUGCUUGUGUCCAUUGCCACCGUCGUAAAGUUCGCUGCGAUGCCCGUGUAGUCGGUCUUCCUUGCACAAACUGUCGCUCUUCCGGAAAGAACGACUGUCGCAUCCAUGAGAAGAAAAAAAGACUGGCUGUAAGGUCGAUUCUGGAUCCUGUUCCCAUCCGAUCUCGGCCUUUACCGACCUCAGAGAAUGCCGUCAAUCCGCCCACAACAGCUGGGACGCCCCUUCCUACUAGCUUUGCAACGACGUUCGGUACAGAUCCUGCAAACGCGACUCUCGCGAACAAUCAGCCUCAUGACUUCCAAUCCAAUUCUGACUCCAAUUCGUUUGGGCGUCAUGGUCCAGACCUGUCGCAUGCUCAUGAGGCUCAUUCCGAAAUGGAACAGCACCUGGUCAAACUCAUAGACGAAGAGGAAUCCGGUCGACGAGAGAUUCAAAGAGGAGUGCGCGCGUUCUACAUUGGCCAUGAACACUCCAAUAUGUCGUUCUUGAUUCGCCAGCAGCGCGACCAAGCCGACAAUGUGUACCACUUUGCAAGCAAUGAGAUUCCUCGGCGACAAAUGAAAACGGGCCAUGAUCAGCUCUUGAUGGACGCGCUCACUCUCCCUGAGCCUGCACUAGCUGAUCAGCUGGUACAAGCGUACUUCACCUACGUCAAUCCUGGAUAUCCAAUUGUCGACGAGGAUCUGUUCAUGACACAAUACCGCAAUCGGGAUCCCGCUGACCCCCCGCCAAUACUUUUGCUUCAAGCCAUCCUUCUGGUGGGUACGCAUGUGUCUCGUCCCAAGUCAGAGCGCGACACUUUGAAAGAGAUCUUCUUCCGCCGCACCAAGUAUCUUUUCGAUAAUCGCAUUGAGCGGAAUCGUGAUAUCCUCGUUCAGGUGGCUCUGCUAUUGACAUGGCACUCGGAUAGAGCCGAUGACGAUGUUGCCGGGGAUGCUCACUUCUGGGUCGGCGUGGCCGCACGCAUUGCGACUGGUCUCGGCAUGCACCGCAAUCCAGUUUCGAGCAGUUUUGUCACCCGUGACCGGCGAAUGUGGAGACGCCUCUGGUUCAUUAUCGUCCAAUAUGAUGUGCUUGUGUCACUUUCAUAUGGACGACCCCAGGCAAUUAACCUGGACGACUCGGAUGUCUCACCCUUGACACUCGCUGAUUUUGAGAACUGUGGCCCCAACGUCCAGUCAGAUUUCGUUAUUCACUUCACUGAGCUUUGCACGAUGAUCUCGUAUCUUAUCAGAGACCGAUUUGGCCUUCGAGCUACAGAAGAACGUCGGAAAGCUGUUCUCCAAGAAGCUGACGAGUCGCUUGCAAAUUGGUCUCUGAAGCUGCCCGAUAAUAUGCGCUUGCGAGCGUCCGACAUGGAUCCCUGGUCGGCUAUGCUUCAUUUGACCUACAACAAUUUCCUGAUUCUACUUCAUCGGCCCCACCCAAGGGCAUCUGCAUACUCAGAUGACUAUGGGCCACACGACGCCGAGAUUUGUAGUGCGGCUGCCAGCGUCAUCGCCUCCAUCUUCGAGGAGCUGAGAUUACACGAUCGUUUAAGAUUCCUUUGGUACACAGGCGUUCACACAUUGUUCACUGCGAUGAUCCAAGUCCGGGUAGAGCUUCGGUUCUCGAAUCCUGUACUGGCAAUCAACGCUCUACGACGCUUCGAUUCAGCGUCCUUCAGUCUGCGUGAAUUGGCAGAGUACUGGGUUCAUGCAGGCACAAUCCUCCGUCUCUUCGAGGACUCAAAACGACUCAAGGAAGAUCUCCGCUUAGCAACCGCCGGUGGUUCAAAACCAUAUGCUGCAGCUCAAUCACACUCAACGGCUCCGCCUCCACUCGCUCGACCACCUGCGGCGCCUCAUCCUCCUCAUUCUCAUUCUCAUCCUCACCCACCGAUCAAAGUUUUGCAAGUCACCUCUCCUGCGUCGGCAUCUUCUAUGCAUCAUUCUCGACAGCUGUCUUACAGUGUCGGUACUCCGGAUUCUACACGGUCACAGCAGACCACAAUGUCACCUCAGGCGAAUCCCGGAUUCGAGAAUUGGAUCACAGCUCCCCUGCGGCUCAAUGUGGGACCUCUGGAGCGAAAUGAUCCCUACUCGACUGCGAUGCAGAUUGACCAGAUGGAUCAAUCUCGCGACUAUCCAGAUUGGCGUCAACUUUUCUCCUUUACAGAUGCCGACCUGCCUGUCCCCAUGGCAAUGGAUGGUCUCAUGGAACUCGAGGACGAGUGGCGUCAGAUAUACUGGCAAGACGCUCCCCUAACAGACCUCAUGCCAGACGGUGGCUGGAUGCAUGGCGUAUAG